AUGUCUCGAGGAACUCAGCAUCGUUAUGCCAACGAAUCUUCAUCAUAUGAUGAAUCUUCAGACUCUUUGUCUGACAAGAGGACCGCAUCCAUGCACAGUGUUGUUCAAGGGUCGAUUUCUAAUCCCGUUCGACGUCGGGAUGCAGUUGAACCAAGACAGUGUCAAGAGGGGGUCAAGAGUGCGCAGCUCAAAAACCAGGCCCUGAAGGAAAGACUCCGCACCAUUGAAGAACAGAACAAGGUACUUUCCACCAAUAGUAAGGGACGUCGCAAGCAGGACAACAAAGUUUCCGAAGAUAUUUUAGCCUUCGGAGCAGAACUAAAGAUCUGCGCGAAACGAUAUGGCCUCACGAUCAACAUGUUCCCUCCACCAGCAGCCCUGCUCAAAGUGACACUUCCUAACCCUGUGCCGCCGUUCAACACAGCUGCUCGGUAUGCCACUACAGGCUCGCAGGAGAUUGCAACUCUAGUGGAAUUGUACGACACACUCCCUCAGCACCUGCACCACCUGGUGCCAAUGAACCGUUUUUCACAUGUGUUCUCGAAGGCGCUUUGUGCUGGCCAUGCCUCCGAGCUGAACAAGCUGAGGAGUGCAGCUGCAUUACUUCGCGAUAUGGAACCCGAAAUUCGCCAGCUACUUGGCAUCACUGGCAAGGCUGGCGAGUUGUACCCCCUUUUGCCACCUAUGUUGUUUCCAGGGAAUAUCAUCGACUGCAGUCGCAAAACAUUAUUUGGUAACUGGCAGCCUAUUGCUAAGACACUGAGCUGCUGCCUCAAGGGCAGGACAUCACUCUCUAACCAGGGCAGACGACAGGGCGGUGCUCCACCCAAUGCAGUUAAGUGGGGUGUCACAGCGGUAAUGCCUGGGGCUGUGGCUUGGGCUAUCGUCACAAACUUCUCAUCUGCGACUGGGAGAAGCCUUGCCUGCCUAAAGGGGGUCAUCAAGAAUAUCAAUAACUUCGUUUUUGAACGCACUUCUCGCCCCUCUCACGAUCUUAAUAUCAGAGAUUCCGCUGAAGAUCUUGAAGAAGAGAUGUGUCUCGCUCGACUUGGAUUGGCAGCAGAGGCAGGGGAUUCAGAAGAUAUGUCUGACCAUGAAGAAUACCAAGGGGACAAAAAUGGCGCUAGUAUUGAUGUCCUUACUGAAGCUACAGGCACGAUCACUAUACGUGAUCCGGAUGAGGCUCCUGUACCUCCUGAUCCUAUGAUUUCAACAACUGACACCAUGACAUCAGCUCUCACUGUAUCGAGCAACUCCGCUGUGAUCACUGGCAGCAGUCCUUGUGUUUAUGAUGGACCAGGAGAUGAAACAGAGGUAGUUGCGAUUGAAGAAACUAAUAUUCAUUAUCAUUACAAUUUACAAGCUUUCCACUCAUCUUCUGAUGUUUUCUCCAAUUACAAUAACACUUUGCAAUCUGCACGCAGUGAUUAUGUCAGCAUUGCAAUGAACAUCAACAGCACCACAAGUGAUCUCAGUGUCAGCAACCAUCUGGACAUGGACAGUGGCAGCGUGUCAGAACUCGAGGACGACCUUGGUGAAAGGCACAGCAAAAGCGAAGAUGAAACUAACGGAGACAAUGAAGAGGACGAGUCACCAUCGCCCACACUGUCGAAGUAUCACACUCCAAGGAAAGGGUUAUCGGGGGAGUCUGUCUUAAUAUGGCCUCAAGUGUCUCAAAAUCAAACACGGUUUCUAACCUUACCGCAUUCAAAAAUUAUGCCGAGGGUGAUCUCUUCCCGGCACAUACCGCAUACUCGUAACUUCUGGUGGUCAAAAUCAAAAUCAGCGAUACCUGAGCAGCAGGCGGCGUCGGGAGUGGAGUCAGCACCAGCUUCCAGUAGCAACAUCGGUACCACUGUUGUGGACUUGGAACCAGCAACAACAACCAAUGCAGCGACAAGGCUGGAGCUAGACUCUGCUCCGAUACCAGUGACUACCACGCAGGAUAGUUUAACAGCCGUUGUUGACAGUGGUGCGGGUAUCGAUAUUCCUGCGCUUGACACCGUCAUUCGACCCCUUCAAUAUGGUGAUUUAGCAGAACUAGGCCUUGCUGGCUGGUCACUGGCUGGUAUCAUAAGGUGGUCAUUUUGUGUAUCAUCAGCACAGCGCUCACCAUUGCCCCACCUGCACUUUUUCUACCAAAGCCACCUCCCCACAGGCUCUUCGUGCUCUACCAUCCUCCUCGAAUUCCAAAAGCAUGCCGACUCUAGCAUUAUUUUUGGAGGAGAAGCCGGUGAUAACGUAUGA